AUUUUUAUUACAAAGCUGGAUAUUUUUGGUUUAUGACCACUGUGGUUGAAGUAAUAUGGCCACUCUCGCCAGGAGCGUGUGUAUGUUGACAUCUACACGCCACCAAAUCAGACAUAAGAUAAACAAGUGGAGUUCAGUCAGCUGGGGGACUUGUUUUGAUCGCAAUGACUGCGUCCCGCAACAAGUGUGCCCCGCCCCCUUUCAGAACAAAACACAUUCGUUCAGUACAGACACCAUUUACCAACCUACUAGAUGUAUACGAAGUGGGACGUCAUGGAUAGGGACAGUGUAUCUCCCGAACAGAGAAAUUUACAUUAACAUGGCAGUGGUUUCCCGGAAUGCGUUUUCAACGUCACAUCAUGCAAAUGGGCCGCUCACUGAUAUGAUGUAUGAACAAAUUGCUGAUAAAACUCUGGAUAUUCUUGCUGAAUAUUUUGAAACUCUUGGUGAUGUUGAACAAGUGUCUGAGGAAUAUGAUGUCAUGUUUUCUUCUGGUGUGUUGACAGUUAUUGUUGGAGGAAAUACUGGCACAUAUGUUAUCAACAAACAAACUCCUAACAAACAGAUAUGGUUAUCAUCACCAUCAAGUGGUCCCAAAAGAUAUGACUAUAUAAAUGGACGAUGGAUUUAUAAACAUAGUGGGGAGGCAUUACAUGAUUUACUUUCUCUUGAAUUCUCAGCAAUACUGAAUAGAAAUAUUGACUUCUCACACCUUGAAACUAAAGAGAUAGAUGACUCACAUAGCGACAACAAUUGA